AUGAACGGCGUGACUGCUCUGCAGGGCGUGUUCGUUAGUGCAUCCAGUGAAGUGAACUUUGGAGUGGACUCAGCUGUGCCGGCCGCUCCAGUUGCAGCGGCUGCCAGUGGCGUCUCGGAUGGAGCAGCCUCAUCGCUGCAUCCGGGCUGCAAUGAGACGGCGGCGCAACCCGAACCGACACCGACCGACCUGCACCCGGACCGGGCACCAGUUGUGGAUGCACCAGAUUAUGCCGUGUACUUUGAUCCGACAUCUAAGGCGUGGAGAAUGAAAUGGAAGUGGACUGACGGAGCAGAGCCGGAGUGCUUGCAGAACACUGUCGCACAGUACAGGGUGCCGUGUGACGCUCGCCGUGAAUUUGACGAUGAGCUCAAACGUUGGGUGGAGCAGGGCUGGCUUAUUCCCUACAACGAGUCAGAGCUUGGCCCACCAAAGGGUCUGGUGCCUUUAAUGGCAGUCCAACAAAAGAACAAAUCGAAAACGGUGAUGAUCGAAAACCAGAGACAUUGUUUGACACGGCUCGGUUAUGGAUUGUGCGUGGCUCCGCUCGUCAUGAAGGCGGUGAUUCGGACGGUUCUGGAACGUGACGCGGACGUAAACCGGGCAGUGCUUCCGUACGUGGACGAUCUGCUGGUGAACGAGGACAUUGUUAGCGCAGAGCGAGUGGUGGCUCAUCUGGCGAACUUUGGUCUCGAGUGCAAGCCUCCAGAGCGGGCGGCAGGCGGUGCGCGUCUGCUCGGUCUGCGAGUCUCACGGGAGCUUGGCAGGCUGGUGUGGAGCAGAGACAACCCAGUCGGACCACCACCGGCUGUGAUCACGCGCCGUGGAGUGUUCUCGUGGUGCGGACGCCUGAUCGCUCACAUGCCCGUGUGUGGUUGGCUCCGCCCUGCCGUGGCCUGGCUGAAACGACGCGUGAAUGACGUCACACAAGGAUGGGAUGACAUCACCUACGACGGAGUUCUGCAGAAGCAGAUUAGUCAUGUCGCGGCUCGGGUAGCCAGUCACGAUCCGGCACACGGUCUGUGGAGCGUGCGGAGCGACCGCGCUGUGGUUUGGGUGGAUGCGAGCUCCGUAGCAGCGGGUGUGGUGGUGGAGUCACCUGACGGCGACGUCAUUGAAGACGGAUGCUGGCUGAGGAAGGAUGAAUCCACACACAUAAAUGUUGCGGAGCUAAAUGCGGCCGUGAGAGGCAUCAACGUGGCCGUCGCUUGGGACAUGCGUGUCAUCGAUCUGCGCACGGACUCGGUCACAGUGCACCGUUGGAUCAACGAUGCGUUGAGCGGCCGCACUCGGCUGCGCACCAAGGCACACGGAGAGAUGUUGAUCAGACGCAGGGUCGACAUGAUUCGACAGCUGGUGGAUGAGCUCGAGCUGUCGCUGUCUGUAACUCUAGUGCGGAGCGCAGCGAAUCGAGCAGACGAGCUGACCCGAGUGCCGAAAGACUGGUACUGA